CUUUCGCCUUUUUCCCUAACCUGCCCUCCCUCUUGGGCAUGGCAGAGGCGGCGGAAGGCGUCCGCGCGCGUCGUCUGACUCGCUCCCCUCCCUGCCCCUUCUCCUGCCAGCCGGCGGACGUCGGCCGUUGACAGGUACGGGCGGCAACAGAGAAGCUCACAGGCAGCAGAAACCACACACGACGUAUUGCAUGUGACAGAGAGGAAGAUGCGCAGAUAUCAAGGCAGGAUGCAGACGAGCACGCGUGUGUCUGGUGUGUGUUUCCUGCAGGCGUCGCGAGAUCAGCACCGGACGAACUGUGUGGACGCUCGGCGGUGCUCAUGGCGUGACUUCGAGCCACUCCUCCGCUUCUUUCUCUCACUUGGUGUCUCACUGAGGCCUGCAUGCGGCGGGGCGACUCGUCAACUCUCCCUCCACUCGACCACCUGACGCUUCAACACACUGACGACAGCACCCACCCACUAGCGGCUGGCGGCUCAAGACAAUCCCACUCGCUACAGACCAGUGUCCUGCCAACACGCACCUCUCAUCCCUCGUCUGUGCCCAGCCGACGGCCAGACGCCCCCGUCUGAUGACCUCCCACAUGCCCCUCUGGAUAUCGGUGGCUGACGGGCUGUGAGCGGGUCGACGCUGCAAGGAGGCAUUGGGGCAGACGCAUGCCCUCUCGCUAAUGGGCCAUGUGGCUGCCGGAUGUCUAUUUGUAGGUCAGUGAGGGGGGGGGGGAGGGCUGCACACACACACACACACGCCUGCAGAGACAAACGCACUGCUUUGCUGUGUUUUUACUUCAUCAGCGCCGACCCGCUCACUGGCCGUCCCACCGACGCGCAUACACACAAGACGACAGAUGACCGGCCGCUCUUCGGGAUGGAUCGGCGGUCUGGUGGGCAGCUGUGAGGUUACUGCGGGGGCCGAGGAUGUCGGCAAGGCGGCUCGGCUGGGGGAUGAUGACUGGUGAAAGAGGUGGAUGGAUGCGGUGUUGCGGCGGCCCGGUCCAAAGCAGCCAAUGAGAGUGUAUGUGAGUGCUGUCAGUGUGGUGCCUGUGGAGGUGUCGUGUGUGGUCGUGUUGGAGGGGUACAGGUACGGUUUAUCCCGGCGUGUGUCGGGCCUGUCUCUGUGUAGCCAUCCAGGCAACCAGCUGAUGUAUAUGCUCUGGCCAUCUGACCUCCUCUCUCUCCCUCGGCUGUGGAUACUUCUGCUCACGUCGUGUAUGCGGUGUUUUGUGCUUCGUGGUGUAUGUGUGUGUGUGUUUGGCUUCGGAAUCCUGCUGCUCAGACAGCGAAAGCGAAACCGGCGGCUCGCAUUAGCUUUCGCUUGAUCUCUAGGAUUGCGAAGCGAAGCAUACACAUACGGCCCCACAUUCUUCAUUCCUUUCUUCUGAUGGAUAAUCUGUUUAUGUGGUUGGGUCAGUCUCUCGUUGGCUCAUCCGUAUGGACACGCGUACGUGGCUGACGACGGAAAGGGCGACGGUCUCUUUGCAGCUGACCGACGUCCUUUUCGGUCUCGUCCCGGUACGCUUGUCCACGGGUGAGGCAACAGAGAGAAGACACGUCAUCGCUUCUCAUCUGUGUGGUCCCUGGCAUAUGUGUGUGUAUCAUAUGGACGACACUUAUGUGCCCUCUCACUCACAUCAAUUUGAGAUGCGAUGGGACAUCGAUGGGUCAUUGGCAUCAUGAUGUUGAGAUGAUGCAUGGGAUACGACGAUAAUCAACAAGAGACAGAGUGGAUGCUCUCUUAGUGGGCGAUUAAGUGAAUCGCAACAGAAGCGAGUCUCGGUACAAGCCAUCAUCCGUCAAUCAGACAUCCAUAGAAAUGUGUUCACCGCCUAUAUCGCAUGCAGUCGUCUCAACCGCCCGACAGCAACACGCCAAGAGAGCCUCAAAACAGACGCAUGUAGAAACACACGGCGGUUCUAAUGCAGGAAGGCAUUGAGGCAUCGGUAGGUCAAGUGUCUUUCAAUGAGUCUGGGCUGAUGCCGCUUGCGCCAGAGGUGGGAAGUGCGCUGAAAGCACCGCCGCACACUGCAAGCCAAGAGACAUGCACCCAAGAAGGAGUGUGUGUGUCUGUGUUUGGCGGAUCGCUGCAGUUGAGUCGCUGUCCUUACGCAGCGCGAUAGGCCGGGUGGGCCGUGCAGCGCCAGUCGUUGGAUUUUGGCCAGACCGCCAGCCUUCACGGGCAGAUAGCACAUGUACUGAGUGAGACAUUGGCCGUCUUCUGCCCUGAUUCUGACAUGAAUGACUGACCCGGCGGACCAGCCCACAGUAGGCAUUGUCGGUGAGGCCUUGACUCGCGUGCUUCCGCCGCCCCACACUGCACAGGAAUGACAACAGAAGAGCCACAAUGCGUGUCAUAUGCACUGUUCCCUUCUCCUGACCCACGACCGACCGCCCGACCACAGAAUGCGAUCAAGUGCCAUCAGGGCGGUGCGGACCUCCAAAGGCUUGUUGCUGUCCAGCAAGGCACACACGGCAUCGACGCACCCACACUUAACUAGAUACUCUCCCUGCAGACAUCCAUCCAUCCAUUUAUUUAUCUAUCCCUUGUGUGUCCGUCUUCUGGGAACACCUGCAAGUACCUGUGGUAGGCACCAUCUCGCGACCUCUAGGAUGGCUGUGCUGGCCAUUGCUGAGUGCUGGGCCAUGAAGCGCAGAAAAACGGCCGCGUGGAUCACCAGAUCCAUGUCAUCGCUAAAUGACAGCAGCUUGACGAGGGUGGGGAUGCCAUCUGCGUCAAUCAGCGCCUGGACGACCCAGUCCCUCAUGGAUGGACACGAAACCGGGGGAGAUCUGUGGCAGCGGGAGCGUAAAGUAGGUGAGUGGAUCUCGGCUCGUGAGGCUGGCCAGCAGUUCCAGGAUGGGCUGCUUUGGAUGCAUUCUUUGUGGACGAAGGUUGAUGCCCAGCUGAAGUCAGAAGAGAGCAACGCUCGAAUCAGGAGGGGGGGGAGGACCAUGGGGAGAGGAUGACAACGGCAGCCGACAGUGCUCCUGGCAGCACAAUACCCCCAGCACAAGCCAAAGCGUCCCGAAGCGUCCCGAAGGAAGUUUAUGAAUUGGCGAGAAUUGAGACGGGAAGCGGGCAGACAAUGCAGGCCUUUUCCAUCACUGGCAGCACCCCCUCUGCGGACCAUGGGGAUACGAUAUACUCCAGCCACCUCGAUUGGCACCUCGACAAUUCAUCGAGGAGUACGACACCAUCUGAGGAACCAGGCAAGGUGUUUCUUGUAGCGAGCAGCGUGUUUGAGUUGCCGUCUGAUGUCACUCUCCCCGAUGCUUGAGGACGCCAUAAAUGGCCGCGAAUUGCUAUGAAGGCACAUCCGCCGCUGAGGCUCACGACGCCCGAAUGCAAGCUGCUCUACCAUCUCGGCGUACAGGAGGCCUCCCGGCUAUCGCAUGCCACAGCUGUAUUGGCGGUCAGGUCUAUCCGACCGAGGGGACGUACCAUCUACGGCGACUCCAUGGACGACAAGGGGGGACGAGGUGCCGCUGCGCAAGAGGUUCCCUCGUGAUGUCAAGUGGGAGCAGCCGAUCGAGCACCUGAAGCAUCGGCUACUGCAGACCCUUUUGCCGUCGUCCCAGCCCUCGCACUUCGAUGACGUCCACGCCCUAGAAGGCUGUCUGAGCGUGAAGAUCCUGGAGGAGGCGGGCGCGGACAUACAGCAUACCAGACUGAGCCAGGUCGUCGCGAAUCGCUUCUCCUCGCGCCUGACCGACAACGCAGCAGCCAAGGCAGACAUCGCCAUCCUGUGUGUGUACGGAUCCGCAGUGUUCCUGGCCAUAACACAUCUGGUGCUCUUGGCAACUGGUCAGGAUACAGAUGCGGCCAUUCUCGCUAAGAAUGUGGUGAACCUACACCCCUGGCACCGCACGUCAUCCCGAUGUCUCAUUGGGUCACAUGCAGAUGUGUCUUGUUUCGAUGACAUGGAGGCGGAAGUUUCUGAGUCGGUUGCGUCGUCUCCGUGA